AAUCCCUGCCAGCCACAGGCAUAGGCCAUCCGCCAUAGGCUGCCCGCUGUAGUGGAUUGUGGACCAGAGAAGUGAAGUGGACUGAUCACCAUCGCCUGCCAGGCUGCCACGGCAUUCGGAUUUCGGCAUUCGGCAAAUCUCGCGCGGCGCCUGCGUACGGGAGAUGCAUCAGAGACGCUAGACCUCCGCACUCCGCAGUCUGCUAUAUAUCUACGAUUUACGUGAUCUGCCAUAUUCUGUUAGGUUAGCUCUUACGACUGUAUGUUAUUCUCCUGACGUUCAUAAGAUUUGUUUACUCCGGUAUUGAAGUUUUAUGUGCAUAGUUGCUGCAAAAGGUAAACAACGAAAUAAUAAGUAAUUUUUCAGGUUAUAAUCAAAAUUUCGAAGAUGUCAGUAAACAAAAGUACCUGCGACGUUUUAUUAUCCGUCAUAGAUGACAUUGAAAUUAUUUCAAAAGAACUGAUUGAGAAUAUAAUUGCUCAAAAACAUCUUAAAUUGUCUACUGCUGAGCAUACGAGUCUCAUUGAACUCCUAGUAAGCAAAGAUAAAGAAUUGAAAUCAAUUUUGGUCAAAGCAGAUGAACAGGCAAAGAUAAACCUAAAAAUGGAGGCCUUGAAGGCUGAAGUAGAUCGCCAAGACCAGGACAUUCAGCAGCUACAGCGCCAGUUAAAAGAAGCUGAACAGAUAUUAGCCACAGCUAUAUACCAAGCUAAACAGAAGCUUCAAUCCAUUGCAAGAGCUAACAAGAGGCCAGUACCUUCAGAAGAACUUGUGAAAUUUGCUCAUAGAAUAAGUGCAUCAAAUGCAAUUUGUGCUCCGCUCACGUGGCAACAGGGUGAUCCAAGAAGACCAUAUCCCACCGACAUUGAAAUGAGACUAGGUUGCCUGGGACGCUUGAGUGAUCUGCCUCUAAAUGGACAAAUGGUCGGACCUCAUGCAGGCAUCUCAGAUUUUAACAGACCCACAGAAUCACUGGCAGCUCAGGCUAGCAGUCAGUUUGCCUGGCAUCCAUCGGGUGAGAUUCACAUGUCAGUUAAUGCUGGUCAAGGAACAGUGCCUAUCAAUACUCACAAGCAAGAGACUGAAGAUGUUGAAGUGAUGUCAACAGAUUCUUCUAGCAGUUCGUCUAGUGAUUCCCAAUAAGUAAAUGUAUGAUCUAAUUUCAUUUUCCUAAUUUUUCAUUUGUACAUAUUGCAUACAAACAUAAUAAAUAUUUCCCUUUUUGAUAAAGACAUACAUUUCAAACCUGAUGUAUUGUUUCUUUAGUUUGUGUAUAGUAACUAUGUUUUAUAUGUGAAUAUAAAUAUAAAACUAUUUUUAAAUAUUCUGAAAUGGGUCAAAUUUGUUAAUAUAUUAUUGCUUGAUUUUUCAUCCGUCUUUAAAACGAAAAAAUUUCUAAAUUUAAUACAAAAUUACUUUUUAACUAAACUUUUUGUAUGCAUUUUUUUUUAAAUGAGUGAUAGUUUGUGUACAGAUAAUUUCUUUUCUUUUAUUCAAUACAACAUACUAAUAUGUAUUUAAUAUCUGUACUUUAUUAUAUUAUACUAGUUAAUAGUUCAUAAUAUUACAAAGUUAAUGUUAUCAGAAACAACAUUUAUACCUAAUUGCUUCAAAUUUCAUAGUAAUCGCGGAAAUGAACUUUUUCUGUAAUGCUUCCAUAAAUUUAGCAUUUUGAAGAUAAUUAUUUAAUUGUAUCAUGUGUACGUAUGUAUGUGCAUGUAUGGCUGUCUAGAAAGGAAUCUAAUUAUUUUAAAGUAUAACGAAUUUUAGAAAACAAUUUCUAUUUUUGGACACAGGGAGUGUGUAUAUUCAGGCAAUAUUUUAAUGAUUUUUAGAUCGAAAACAUCAUAAUACUAUAUUCGUUAAUUUAGUUCAUAAAAAGUAUCCAUUAUUUUCAAAUAUAUAAAUAGUAUUAAUUCAUGACUGUAUAAUAUGUUAAAACAACAUUAAAUUUUAUCUUACACAAUAAAACCCACAA